AGUACUUAUUAUCCCACAAUUCCCUGCUCGCCCUUUUCCGGCCAUCUUGGAAAGUCGCUGAUCAUGGCUGACCAAGAAGCCAAGCAAAAUCCUCCUAAGAAAUCUGGAAGGCUUUACGUUAAAGCAGUCUUCACUGGUUACAAGCGUGGCCUUCGUAACCAACAUGAGAACACAUCUCUGCUGAAACUGGAGGGGGUGACCACAAAGAAAGCCACAGAGUUUUACCUGGGAAAGAGGUGCUGCUAUGUAUACAAGGCUAAAAAUAAGUCUGCCUGCCCAGGCCAUGAUAAAGCCAGUCGUAUCCGCGUCAUCUGGGGCAAAGUGACCCGGCCUCAUGGCAACAGUGGAGCGGUCAGGGCAAAGUUCAGGAAAAAUCUGCCGGCGUCAGCCAUGGGGAAGAGAGUCAGAGUGAUGCUGUAUCCAUCAAGAGUUUGAACAUCUUAAACUCUGAAUUUUUACUAGAGACUGGUCUGAAAUUAUGUAUAAAGAAAUAAACAAUGAAAUAAAUUAAGUGAAAUGUUUCACUUAAAAACGAACAUAA